AGCACGCAGCACUUGAUCCCCAGGUGCGUCGCCCGCGGCAUCCUCACCGUCAGUCAUGGAGACUCCAGCACCAGGUUCAGCCGAGAUGCCGCGCCAGUUCCCCAAGCUGAACAUCUCUGAAGUGGACGAGCAAGUCCGGCUGCUGGCCGAGAAGGUGUUCGCUAAAGUGCUGCGCGAGGAGGACAGCAAAGAUGCCCUGUCCCUCUUCACUGUCCCUGAGGACUGCCCCAUCGGGCAGAAGGAAGCCAAGGAGAGGGAGCUGCAGAAGGAGCUGGCCGAGCAGAAAUCUAUCGAGACCACCAAAAGAAAGAAGAGUUUCAAGAUGAUCCGGUCCCAGUCCCUGUCUCUACAAAUGCCAACACAGCAAGAUUGGAAGGGACCUCCAGCUGCCAGUCCGGCCAUGUCUCCCUGUGCAACCCCUGUGGUCACUGGACCCCCUUCCCAGGCCAUGCCCGAGUUCCAGCGGGUCACCAUCAGCGGAGAUUACUGCGCAGGGAUCACAGUGGAGGACUAUGAGCAGGCUGCCAAGAGUCUGGCCAAGGCCCUGAUGAUCCGGGAGAAGUAUGCCCGGCUCGCCUACCACCGCUUCCCGAGGACCACGGCCCAGUACCUGGGCCACCAGCGAGCUGACACUGCCCCUCUGGAAGAGGGCCUCCCAGACUUCCACCCUCCCCCAGAGCCCCAGGAAGACCCUUACUGCCUGGACGAAGCACCCCCCAACCUGGACUACUUGAUCCACAUGCAGGCUGGCAUCCUCUUCGUGUAUGAUAACAAGCAGAUGCUGGAGCGCCAGGAGCCCCACAGCCUGCCCUACCCUGACCUGGAGACCUACACCGUGGACAUGAGCCACAUCCUGGCGCUCAUUACUGAUGGCCCCACGAAAACAUAUUGCCACCGGCGACUGAACUUUUUGGAAUCCAAGUUCAGCCUUCACGAGAUGUUAAAUGAAAUGGCCGAAUUCAAAGAGUUGAAGAGUAACCCCCACCGAGACUUCUAUAACGUGAGAAAGGUGGACACACAUAUCCAUGCAACGGCCUGCAUGAACCAGAAGCACUUGCUGCGCUUCAUCAAGCACACGUACCAGACGGAGCCUGACCGGAUUGUGGCCGAGAAGCGGGGCCGGAAGAUCAGCCUGCGGCAGGUGUUCGACAGCCUGCACAUGGACCCCUACGACCUCACCGUGGACUCGCUGGAUGUCCACGCGGGCCGGCAGACAUUCCAUCGUUUUGACAAGUUCAACUCCAAGUACAACCCUAUGGGGGCCAGUGAGCUGCGAGACCUGUAUUUGAAAACCGAAAACUACCUUGGAGGAGAGUAUUUUGCUCGGAUGGUCAAGGAGGUGGCUCGGGAGCUGGAGGAGAGCAAGUACCAGUACUCCGAGCCGAGGCUCUCCAUCUAUGGCCGCAGUCCUGAGGAGUGGCCCAACCUGGCCCGCUGGUUCAUCCAGCACAAGGUCUACUCACCCAACAUGCGCUGGAUCAUCCAGGUGCCCAGGAUCUAUGACAUAUUUAGGUCCAAGAAGCUGCUGCCAAACUUCGGGAAGAUGUUGGAGAACAUCUUCCUGCCCCUUUUCAAGGCCACUGUCAACCCUCAGGACCACCGAGAGCUCCACCUCUUCCUCAAAUAUGUGACGGGGUUCGACAGUGUAGAUGACGAGUCGAAGCACAGCGACCACAUGUUCUCGGAUAAGAGCCCAAGCCCAGACGUCUGGACCAGUGAGCAGAACCCGCCCUACAGCUACUACCUGUACUACAUGUACGCCAACAUCAUGGUGCUCAACAACCUCCGCAGGGAACGAGGCCUGAACACGUUCCUGUUCCGGCCUCACUGUGGGGAGGCUGGCUCCAUCACCCACCUGGUGUCUGCUUUCCUCACCGCCGACAACAUUUCCCAUGGCCUGCUCCUCAAGAAGAGCCCGGUCUUGCAGUACCUCUACUACCUUGCUCAGAUCCCCAUUGCCAUGUCUCCGCUUAGUAAUAACAGCCUGUUCCUUGAAUAUUCCAAAAACCCGCUGAGGGAGUUCCUGCACAAGGGACUGCGUGUGUCUCUCUCCACCGACGACCCCAUGCAGUUCCACUACACAAAGGAAGCGCUCAUGGAAGAAUACGCGAUCGCGGCCCAGGUGUGGAAGCUGAGCACGUGUGACCUGUGUGAGAUCGCCAGGAACAGUGUGCUGCAGAGCGGCCUCUCCCAUCAGGAAAAACAAAAGUUUCUGGGGAGGAAUUAUUAUAAAGAAGGACCCGAAGGAAAUGACAUUCGAAAGACAAAUGUUGCUCAGAUCCGGAUGGCUUUCCGAUACGAGACCUUAUGCAACGAGCUCAGCUUCCUGUCCGACGCCAUGAAAUCAGAGGAGAUCACCGCCCUAACCGAAUAGGGCCCGGAUGGACGUGCAUUUCCACUCUGGUUGUGGUCCAUACCAAACCCGGGGAGGAUGCCUCUGAAGAACAUUUAAAUUGGUCAUGGGGGUGGGCACACUGUUCCUCGUCAGAUCUCCCAUGCCCACUUCUCUGGAUAUUUCUAGUAACAGAGGAUGACUGCCCCAAUAGAUCAGGGAGCUGGUCACUUGUCUGAACUCGUUCCUACUUUUCCAAAUACUUCUUUUGAAGCCGUCAGUGCUUGGAUGGUUGGGGCCAGGGUUUCUCGUGGCCCUACGCCAGAUGACGACGUGAGGGCUGCGGGUGGCUGCCACCCUCCUCUGCAGGCCCUGAGAGCGAGUUGGUAAUUGUUCAUCUCAGCCUCCGGCUGGCUGGCUGGCUGCCUUAAAAUCCAUUUCAAAGCUCCCUUUCAUAAAGGGGCAAUUUUGAGAAAAUUAAAAUAGAACACUUCCUUCUUGA